AUGCUUGGGAUGCCUCAAAGUAUCGCCAUACUGGUCCUUGUCGGGCCAGAUGCUGUAAUCUUUGCGUCUGAGUAUGGUACAUCGAAGGACCGCAAGGAGCACAGGCUUUCCACCACAGAGAUCUCCUACAACACAGUCGUUAUCAAUAACACACUCUUAUAUGUGGUCUCCUACCCAGUUUCAAAAGCGCCUGCUAUGGUAGGGGCGUGGCAAGAUCCUGGUCUUAUUGUUUCGACUCGUCUAGCAGAGUCUCUUUUCCCAUAUAUCAAAAACACUACCGAGAUGCUGUGGACAGGCGGAUUGUCCGAUCUUCCGUCACCGACAUGGCUAGCUGAAACUUCAGCACACCAAGCCCUGAAAGAACGUAUUUGUCUACUCAUGGACCAUUCUAUAAUUCGACAGGACUUCUCAACGACAAAGACUGAAGAUGUCUUUCUCUACCAAACUGGCAUGGCAGCAAUAUAUUGGACGUAUCAGGCAGCGAUUACGCGCCGUCCGGGAACAAUCCUGGUACUUGGUGCGGUAAAUCACAACACGUUUCACCUGUUACGCUGUUCGAAGUCCAAAUUUAAGCAUUUUGGUCAAGUGGAUGGAGACAAUGAUCAGUUGAACAGAGUCGAGGCAUGGCUAGACGAGGAGGCCGCCGCAGGUAGGGCAGCCAACAAGCACAAUUUUGUUCUUGUGGUCGACGAGACAAUUGGCUCGUUUUACAACGUUGAUGUCGCCCCUGCCGCAGACGCUAUCGUUACGUCGCUCACCAAGACAUUUUCUGGAUACGCAGAUGUAAUGGCAGGGUCUGUAAUCCUCAGCUCAUCAUCUCCACGCUAUGGCGCUCUUGCCAAGAUUUUCAAGCUUCGCUUCCGUAAUGAGCUGUUCUCUCUCGACGCCACUCAUCUGCUUAAGAACAACAACGAUUACCUCACUCGGUCUGCUGCACUCAACAGAAAUGCCGCGAGUCUCGCGGCUUACCUACACUCACAGGCAGUUAAUUCGAAGUCACCAGUAACAGACGUGCUAUACCCACCUUACUCUAGCACUUUUGCCAAUUAUGCCAAAUUCCAGCGCCCAUCGACACCUGAUUAUAGCUCAGGCUACGGCUGCCUGCUUUCCGUCAACUUCAAGACUCAGAAAAGCGCUGAGGCCUUUUUCGAUAACCUACACUUCCACGGUGGUCCACACCUUGGGGCACAUCGCACGUUGGCUAUUCCUUUCAACGCCACGGUGUGGGGCAGCGAUGUGGACGAAUACCCGUAUCAUGUCGGCUAUGGAUUGCGAGAAGCACAGAUACGCAUCAGUGUGGGACUUGAGGAGACGGAUGAGUUGCUUCAGACAGUACGAGAGGCAUGCUGGCAUGCCGAACGACCGAAAAACCAUGUUUUGACACAUGGUUUCGGCGGGACAAGCCAUUGA